GCACGGGAAGGUGUUUCGGACUUCGGCUUCGGGCUCGUUGCUUCAGCUGGAGCUUUCCAUGAUGCGUCCUUUUCCAACGACAACAUUCCAACACAAGACAACUAUUCAAAUCAGAAGGACUACCACAUAUUCAUCAUGACUACCGAACAGAGCAGACCAUGGCAUGCCGAUUUCCCAGAGCCCAAGGCCGAAGCGGCCAUCAUGCCUCGAAACCGUGUGAUGCAGAUGCUUUCAUUACGAGGAGUGGCAAGUUUGCUCAUAAUCGAUCUUAGGAGGAUGGAUUUCGAAGGCGGAUGUCUACGUGGCAGUUUGAAUAUCCCUGCUCAGGGAUUCUGGUGGAAUCGAGGAAUGCUUUACGAGUUGGCCUACAAGGCAGAUAUCGAGUGGGUCGUAUUCACUUGUGGUUCCUCGAAUGGCAGAGCACCUCGUUGUGCUGCAUGGUUCAAGGAAUUCAUCGACGCAGCUGGAGACGAGCAGAUGCAGUCAAUGGUACUCGAAGGAGGCGUCAAAGGUUGGGUGAAGAGUGGUCCACAGUUCACACGUCUCAUGGAUGGCUACAAGGAACCAUACUGGCAAGAUCUCUUCGCCCAGGAAGAAGCCAAGAAGUCAGCAGCCCAAGAAGCCGACAAGAGCUCGGUUGGCCAGGGAGACGUGACGAAGUGAGCAUGAUUAUGAGGUGAUGACGACGAGGCAUUCGCUGUUCUUACGAACCAUGCGUUGUACAUGAUUGUAUAUCAGAGCUAUCAGAACCCUACGGAUAGUCGUACAGACAACCUUGACCCCCAGACCCUUCGGAGGCUCAAAACCGAGACAUUCAGGCUGUGCAACAGGAACAAUCCUCCGGGAAACCCGUCGUCGUUCGCUUCUUUUAUCCCCGUUAGCGCAGCAACUGGGCUGGCUGACAUGGAGACCACUUCCCAUGAGACCGUUGUGUCUUACGGCGAGCAAUCAUCAAACGGCUUUUUUUUCCUUCGCAAGACCC